CGGGCGGGUGUGGUCGCUGCGCUGCGGUUCCGCGCGGUAGACUCUCAAGUUUUCGUGAAAAUGCGCAUGUGCUUGUGAUACAGGGCCGGAUCGCUCCUAGCGUAGUGCUCAGACAUUCGCUUCUCCAGUGGACCGCCUGCUGCUCGCAAUGCGCGCGUGCGCUCUGCUGGCAUGUGCGUUGCUGGCGGCCGCGGCCGGGCCGUCGGCAGCGCAGCGGCGGGGGUCAGAGGUGGUGGACGGCGACUUCCUCCCGCACCACGACCGCUGGGAGCCCAUCGACAUCCAGUUGUGCAAGAACAUCCAGUACAACAAGACCAUCAUGCCGAACCUGCUGGGUCACGCCACACAGGACGACGCCGGUCAGGAGGUGCACCAGUUCUUUCCGCUGGUGAAGGUGCAGUGCAGCCCCGACCUGCAGCUCUUCCUCUGCCUGAUGUACGCGCCCGUCUGCACGCAGCUGGAGAGCCCGCUGCCGCCGUGCCGCUCGCUCUGUCUCUCGGCGCGCAACGGCUGCGUCAGCCUGAUGAACAAGUUCGGCUUCCAGUGGCCGGAGAAGCUGGAGUGCUCCAAGUUCCCGGAGUCGGCGCCGGGCGUGCUCUGCGCCGCACAGAACGAGACGUCCAGCCCGUCAGCCACGCCCGCCACCGACCUGCAGCCGCCCGACGGCAAGGACUUCGGCUUCGUGUGCCCGGUGCAGUUCCGCGUGCCGAAGGGCCUGUCGUACCGGCUGCGGGUGGGCGAGCGGGAGACGGCCGACUGCGGCGCGCCGUGUCGCGGCAUGUUCUUUUCACAGUGGCAGCGCGGCUUCGCGCGCGAGUGGGUGGGCGUGUGGUCGGUGCUGUGCCUCGCUUCGUGCGCCUUCACCAUCCUCACCUUCCUGCUGGACACCACGCGCUUCCGCUACCCGGAGCGUCCCAUCAUCUUCAUCAGCUUGUGUUACUUCAUGGUGUCGGUGACGUACGUCAUCGCCUACGCCAUGGGCGACGGCAUCGCCUGUAACGCGCCGUUUGACUCCCCGCCCGAGUACCCAAAGCUGGACGACAUGGUGGCGACCAUCGCGCAGGGCACCAAGAGGCAGGGCUGCACGUUCGUCUUCAUGACACUCUACUUCUUCAACAUGGCCAGCUGCAU